UCUCGCUCUCGCUCUCUUUCUCUCUCUCUCUCUGCAGCUUCUCGGCUCCUGCUCUCGCCGUGCUGGAGGCGGGAUCAUGGUAUCGAAGUGCGGGGCGGCUCUGUCCCCCGGCACGCUCUGCCUGGCCGCUGCGCUCAAUGGGCUACUCAGCUUCGGCUUCUUGGCUGCGGCCAUCGGCACCGACUACUGGUACUUGAUCCACGUGGAUGGGGCUGGGCGCAACGGCAGCGCUCGGGAUGGCGAGGAACUGAGUUCUCACUCCGGGCUCUGGCAACUCUGCGAAGGACAAAAUGCCUGUAUGCCCCUGAUCGACCCCUUUGGCGCAGAGAGUUGGCUGGUGCCGGCAUCACUCCAGCAUCUUAUCUACAUGCAUCGAGCUUUCAUGGUCUUGCUGCCACUCAGUCUCAUCUUGAUUAUUUUUGGCUGGAUCUGUGGGAUCAUUGGCUUCUUGGCCCAGAUUUCCUGGCUUCUGCUCUUCACAGGCUGCUAUUUUCUAUUGGGUGCAUUCCUGACUCUGUCGGGGACAAGCACCUAUAUCUGCUACUCCAAAGCAGCAUUCACUGAGACUGUGCGCAUGUUUGACCGACAGCGUUUUGACCAUGUCCAUAUUACUUUUGGCUGGUCCCUGGCACUUGCGUGGCUCUCUUUUGGCACAGAGGGUUUGGCUGGCAUCUUGCUUUUCCUGGCUGCUCAAGGACUCCGUCUGAAGCUGGAUGCACAUUCAGCAGACAUUUAAUCCUGGGAGAAAGUGAGAAAGGAAUUAAAAUGAGACAGUGCCAAGCCUGAGAAAUAAUUCUGCUCUGCAAUAUUGCUUUCCUUAAUGUUUCUUAUAGGAAAGGCUGAUGCUCACUCCCUGCUCUGUUGUAAAUACAGCACACACAGAUAGACUGUGGGGCUACAGGGCCAGGACUGUGCCUAUGAAUUACUAUAAAGAAUCCCUGGUGAAUAUGAAAGGCUAAGGGGUAGCACAAAUGGAAACUUCUGUUAAAAAGACAUCAUGGUUCCAAUUCUGACUGUUGUUUUAAUGAUCAUUGGCAAGGGAUAUAAAAUUGAACUCCUGCUGUGCAAUAUUUAGUUAAGGCACGCAAGCCAGGAUUUGUUGCCUCUCCAAGAAUUAUGACAAAUCUGGCUAACUUGCCCUGAUUAUGUAAUGCAUUCCUUAUUUCUCCUUUUCUUCAAAGUAUGACUUAA